AUGAGUACUCCUAGUUCAUCUCGUUCAUAUUGUAAACCACAAUACACAUCUGAAAAUGUGAAGGAUGCUGUUGCAGCAUAUAAAUCUGGUUCAAUGACAUCUGUUCAAGCAGCAAAAACAUUUAAAGUACCAGAAAGUACAAUUCGUAAUCAUGCACGAAAUUCACAAUUAAAAAUAGGUGUUGAUCGAAAAACAUUAUUAAGCGAAGAAGAAGAACAAUAUUUUGUAUCGCUGAUUAAAUACGCACAGUAUUAUGGAACCAAGUUUACAAAAUCAAUCGUACGAAAGUAUGCUGCUCAUUAUUUGAAAUUGCUUGGUUAUGUUCAACGUGUUACGAAUAACAGUGAUAAUAAAAAGGUUCAUAAUAUUACAAUGUAUGUACCAGGUAAAAAAUGGUUAUGCAAUUUUCUUAAUCGUUGGAAAAAUGAAUUAAAGUGCAUGUCUGAAAAGAAAUUAGAGAAAAAUCGAAAAACCGGUUUUACUGAAGAAGUUCGCGUUGGUUGGUUUAAUUUAUUACACGAUAUUAUGUCAAAAAAUCAGUUAUUCGACAAAUCAAUUGAAACAGUUAUAGUACCAAGGGGAGAAAGACAUGUUUAUGAAGAUAAUGGUGGUACUGGAAAAUCGUUCACGACGUGUUUAAUGUGUAUUAGUGCCAGUGGUGAUAUGCUACCGCCAUACAUUGUUUAUGCUGCAAAAAAUUUGUGCUCCAGUUGUUUUAUUGCACAAACACAACAUUUACCACGACCACUUCUUCUGGUACUGGAUGGACUCGGCGCACACGUUAAUGUAACUUGUAUUGAAUUAGCGAUUGUAAACAAUAUCAUUUUGUUAGUACUACCUCCCCACACAACACACGGUUUACAACCUCUCGAUCUUGUUAUUUUGGGUGUAGUAAAGUCUUAUUGGUAUAAAGUUAUGAGCAGUUAUAAGAAACAAGGUUAUAACGCCAUUAGAAAACCGGAUUUUCUUGGUUUAAUAAAUCACGUAUAUGAACAAAUUUGUACAAAAAGACAAGUCGUAUCAUCGUUUGCACGAAGUGGUAUAUGGCCAUUUGAUAAUCAAGCAAUGAAAGAUAAAGUGGCUGUAGGAAAAAGACAAAAACCAGUUUCAUUGAAUGUUACUACUUUAUCAACAUGUCAAGAUGAUGUUUCAACAUCUUCAUUCAGCACAAUGUCGACAGAUACUUAUCAAACAAUGAAACCAUUAAAUGUACAAAUUCCACCAUAUAGUCAUAGUUGUGUCUUGCCUUACAUUCAAAAUCCUCAAGGGUUUAGUGUUCCGUGGAGCUCACAAUGUAUUCACUUAUAUAGUUCACUUAUAUUUGUCAUAUCUCACGAUAGGCUCAAUAGUUUUUAA